AUGUCGAUCGAAGACGCUUCUCCGGAGAAGGAAAACAAGACUUCGGCUGUCCAUGAUGAGUAUGCCGGAACACUUGUGAACGAUGACACAUCCCUGGACAAGGAGAAGGCGGUCCACGAUGAAUUCGUUGGGGAUAAUGCCCUGGAGAUACUGUCGGCAGAAGUCAAGUACGACAAUGGCCAGCUGCGCGAUCUCAUGCGGUCGCCGUAUGUGUUCGGGGCAGCCUGGUUGGCAUCUAUCGGUGGUUUCUCCUUUGGCUAUGACCAAGGUGUCAUCUCCAUUAUCCUCGAGAUGAAUCAGUUCCGCCAACAAUUCCCUCAAGUCUCGCCCGACCACGCGCACUACGGGUUUAACACCGGGCUGAUGACCGCCAUGCUGGAAUUGGGCGCCUUCAUUGGCUGUCUUUUCUUCCCUGCUGUCGCGGAUCGGAUCUCCCGCAAGUGGGGCCUGUCUGUCGCCACUUUCUUCUUCGUGGUUGGAGCCAUCAUUCAGACCGCGGCCUCGGACUAUGCCACGUUGGUUGCAGGCCGGUUUAUCGGUGGUAUUGGUGUCGGGACUCUUGCUAUGGGUGCGCCGUUGUAUAUCUCGGAGAUUGCCCCUCCCCGUUGGCGUGGCUCUCUGUUGGUGUUGGAAGCCAUCAGUAUUGUCGUCGGUGCCAUCGUGGCCUACUGGAUAUCCUAUGGAACGAAAUCGAUCCCCGGCGACUGGGCCUUCCGCCUGCCGUUCAUCAUCCAGAUGAUCCCUGCAUUGCUGGUUGGCACCGCCAUUCAUCUCUUCCCCUUCUCUCCCCGCUGGCUGGCUAUGCGAGGACGCGACGACGACAGUCUCGCCGCCUUGGCCAAGCUGCGGUGUCUGCCCCAGACCGACGAGCGCGUCCGACUCGAAUGGAAGGGAAUCCUGACCGAAGUUCGACUGCAGCAAGAACUCCUUGCCAAGGAGUUUCCAGACCACGCGUCUCGUCCCGUCAUGGUGGGAUUCAAGCAGUGGACUUCCCUCUUUCAAGCCAAGUAUAUUCGGCGCACCAUGGUCGGCCUUGCCAUUCCUUUCUUCCAGCAGUUCUCGGGGAUCAAUUCGUUUGUAUACUACGCGCCCACUUUCUUUGCAGCACUUGGUCAGGAUAGCAACAUGUCGUUGAUCCUAGCAGGCAUGAUCAACAUUUGCCAGUUAGUGGGUGGGCUUCCAAUCCUGGCUUAUCUGGACCGCGCAGGACGGCGCCCGCUGGCCAUCUGGGGUGGUAUCGCCAUGGCUGUGCCGCACCUGAUAAUGGCAGGACUCAUGAACAAGUACAGCGGCGACUGGGCUGCGCACGAAGGGGUGAGCUGGUUCUGUGUUGCACUCAUCUACAUCUAUGUUCUCGCCUACAGUACCUCAUACGGACCCUUGGCUUGGAUCCUUCCAGCCGAGAUCUUCCCUAGCAACAAGCGCGCGAAGGGUGUAGGUGCUGCCACGGCCAUGAUCUGGUUGGCCAAUUUCAUCAUCGGGGUGAUCGUCCCGCAGAUGCUGAUCUCUCUGGGUUGGGGCACGUAUCUCUUCUUUGGAUGUUUCUGUGUGGCCGCCUCCGUGUUCUCAUUCUUCUUCGUUUCCGAGACCUCGGGCAAGUCCUUGGAACAGAUUGCGGCUGUGUUUGGAGAUCGCCUGAAUGAGGAAGAGCUGCGGUUGCACCGUCGCAUUGCUAGUGAGAUUUAUCAUGGUACAUCAAUGGGGACAGCCAGCGUCGUAUGA